AGGUGGCUGCUGUCCAGCCGCGAAGCAACAACAAGUCACGAGGAAAUGGGAAGGCGAAAACCGCAUCGCCGGCCGGAAACGGAGAGCCAGCACCAUGGGUCAAGUUUCACUUGACCGAUGCGGAAUACAAGUGGCGCGGCCACUACGGCUGCUGCUAUUGGUGCAACAGCACCAAGCACAAGACCUCCCAAUGUCCGCAUCAAGGCAAGGAGGAUGUUCAGCCUCGCAUCAACUCGGGAAACUGAGUUGCGCGGGAGGUGAGGCGACUCCACCUCUCACUCCGCCAGAUUCGGCCGCCUUGCUAGCGGCCUCCUACACAUCUGGGGAGGACGCGAAUGUCGUAAGUUCUGGGUAUGCUUACGAGGACUAUGUUGUCCACUUGGUCCCACCGUUGGACCAACCGCUCCACGUGCAACAAUCCACCGCAUGCACGGUUUCACUACGAUCGGCAACCAAAUCGGCAGCUUCGCCGCCAUCUAUAGCUGGGUAUUCGAAGACAUGGUCAAGACUUGAAGAGCUCGACCCGUUGACAUUUGCGGACUUCCAAUGGAUGCCUCUUCCCCGGUCCGGUCGAUUGCCGAAACCGCAUUGCAACGUGCUCAUGGCACAAUUGCGGGAUUACUUGCACACUGCAGUACCAACUCCGUUGAUGGACGCCAGAGUAGAGGUUGUCGACCUUCACAAUUACAUUGCGAAGAUCGACCGCGAGUUCAGGACACAACGGGAGGAUCACCCGGUGAACUUCUACUGCUGCACCGUUCACGUUCGUGAUCGGAACGGAGUACUAGUCCCAUGCACGGUGUCUCCUCCUCACCCUUCGAUCAGCUGCCACGUGGCGUCCGCCGCAAGCAUGCGAGCUGCCAUCGUCAGAGACGACAUCAAGGAGAUGGGGGUGUGUUUUCUCCACGCCCUCCCGCCCCAUGACGCUUCAUCGACGGACUCAUCUUCGAACCCACACAUCACUGAGCUUCUCGAUGCCUACGGCGACGUGUUCGAAGGCCCGCACGGAGUAGUACCGGAUCGGCCCAUCAGCCACGAGAUCAUCCUCGAGGACGGGGCUGUACCUCCAUGUGGUUGCAUCUACCGAAUGAGCGAGGAAGAGUUGAGUGUGCUAUGGGCACAACUCGACAACCUUUUUGAGAAAGGUUGGAUUCGGCCUAGCUCCUCACCAUACGGUGCUCCCGUUCUCUUCGUCCGGAAGAAGAACAAGGAUUUGCGGUUGUGCAUCGAUUAUCGCAAGCUCAACGCGCAAACGGUCAAGAACGCCGACCCUCUUCCACGCAUCGACGACCUCCUCGAAUGGCUGAGCGACGCCAAGUUUUUCUCCAAGCUAGACCUCAAAUCGGGAUAUCACCAACUCGAGAUCCGGCAGGAGGACCGGUACAAGACCACGUUCAAGACGCGAUCUGGGCAUUUCGAAUGGCUGGUUGUGUCGUUUGGCCUUACGAAUGCCCCAACCACUUUCCAAGCGGCUAUGACAACGGAGUUCCAACACAUGUUGGAUCGAUUCAUACUUAUCUACCUCGACGACAUUUUGGUGUACAGUCGGAGUUUGGACGAGCAUGUGGAACACCUGCGCACCGUUUUGGAGCGGCUACGACAAGCCAAGUACAAAGCCAACCGCGACAAAUGCGAAUUCGCGCGGCAGGAGCCAGAGUACUUGGGACAUUAUUCUUGGAACAACACGACAACGACAACUGGCACCCUGUGGAGUAUUUCAGCCACAAAGUCUCCCAUCGAUUCGUUUGAUGAUGCAAGGAAAAAGGAGCUGCUCGCGUUCGUGAUGGCUCUCAAGCGAUGGCGGCACUUCCUCCUUGGGCGUCGUAGGUUCACAUGGGUCAUGGACAACAACCCAUUGACCUACUACAAGACGCAGGAUACGGUGAGCAACACGAUCGGACAAUGGAUGUAUUUCAUCGACCAAUUUGACUUCACACCGAAACACCUCCCCGACCUCUCCAAUCGCGCAGCAGAUGCACUCUCACGAAGACCCGAUCUUUGCGCUAUGACACAUCAUGCCUUCGCAUUCGACGGGAAACUCCAACGACACUUCAUCCGGGGCUAUGAGUAUGAUCCGGACUUCGCCACGUUGUAUGCGCAGCUAUCUUCGGAUCACCCGCCGGCCAACCACUAUCACAUUGUCGACGGGUACUUCCUCCUCUACUCGAGAGGCAAGGACUUGUUAUGUGUCCCACGCGACCGUCGUCUUCGGACUCGCCUUCUCGGCGAGUAUCAUGAUUCGCGACUCGCCGGCCAUUUCGGAGUCAACCGCACUAUUGCACGGCUUCGACAACGAUUCCGAUCGAUGUCACUCGGUAUUGCGACUCUUGCGAAGUUUGCCAACGAAGCAAGCCCCGCAACUGCAAUCCCUAUGGCAAGUUGCGCCCGAUGCCUAUCCCACAGGAACCCGGUCUCUCCAUUGCCAUGGACGUCACCGGUGUCCGACACGAAGAUGAAACCAAGUUCAGCUCGGCAUCCACAGACGGACGGACAAACGGAGCGGGCACAUCAAACCGCUCAAGUGAUGCUUCGUACGCUCAUCAGUCCGGAUCAGAAAGAUUGGGUUGACCGCCUCCUCGACAUCGAGUUCGCCUACAACACUUCGGUGCACCCGGCGAUCGGCGUGACUCCAUUUGAGUUGCACCACGGUGGACGGAAAGGCCGUAUCUUCGCCGUUCUGCUCCUCCCACGACCAGCCGACAUCGACGCCGCUUGCUCUCCCGCUUCCGUCCCGAAGUACAAGGAAUUGCUGGCUCAAGCCCGCGCGAACAUGCAAAAGGCUCAAGUUUGCAUGCAGCAGCAAGCCAACAGGCGUCGCGUGCCAUGUCCCAUCCGCGCCGGUGAUCUGGUUUGGGUCUCCGCGGAAGAGUUUGCACUGGAACAGGAUGUUUCACGCAAACUGCUUCCCAAGUGGUUUGGACCAUGGCCCGUAACAUCAGCCGCGGGCGAUGAGCCCGAUGGCCCUUCAUUUGUGAUCAACAUCCCCCCGCAUCUGACGGUCCAUCNCCAUGGCCCGUAACAUCAGCCGCGGGCGAUGAGCCCGAUGGCCCUUCAUUUGUGAUCAACAUCCCCCCGCAUCUGACGGUCCAUCCAGUCUUUCACGCCUCGAAGCUGGCGACAUAC